AUGAGUGAAGUUCUGAUGAUUUUUUGGGCUGGAUUGAGUGGUGGGCUUUUACAUGAACUACAUUCUUCAUUUUUGUCGGAGUCGAAGGGCAAGCCAUUGGGAUUUGAGACCAUAAAUACUUUCAACAUAACUCCAUAUCUCCAUUUUACCUUCUUCUCUUCGAGUUAUCAUUUGUUCUCCCGUCUUGCAAUAUCGUCAGCGUUCGUGUAA